AUGAGUCUACCAAACAAGAUUUUGUCAAGUACAAUUCGUUGUCAAUCAUGGUGGUCACACAUUGAAAUGGGUCCACCUGAUGCGAUUCUCGGAGUUACUGAAGCAUACAGAGCUGAUAAAAAUCCGAAGAAAAUCAAUCUUGGAGUUGGUGCAUAUCGAGAUGAUCAAGGAAAACCAUUUGUUUUACCAUCUGUUAGAGAAGCUGAGAAACGAAUAAUGGCUGAAAAUCUUGAUAAAGAAUAUGCAGGAAUCACUGGAUUGCCAGAAUUCACAAAACUUGCUGCUACUUUGGCUUUUGGAGAAAAUAGUGAAGUUAUUAAAUCUCAACGAGUUUUCACUACCCAAAGUAUUAGUGGAACUGGAGCAUUGAGAAUUGGAUCGGAAUUUUUGGCGAAAUAUGCUAAAUCAAAAACAAUUUAUCAACCAACUCCAACUUGGGGAAAUCAUGUUCCAAUUUUCAAAUGUACUGGAAUGGAAGUGAAGAACUAUAGAUAUUAUGAUAAAUCAACAUGUGGAUUCGAUGAAAAUGGAGCACUUGAGGAUAUUUCAAAUAUUCCAGAAGGUUCAACAAUUCUUUUCCAUGCUUGUGCUCAUAAUCCAACUGGUGUUGAUCCAUCACAAGAGCAGUGGAAGAAAAUAUCGGAAAUUGUCAAAUCUCGAAAUCUUUUCGUCUUUUUCGACAUGGCUUAUCAAGGAUUUGCUUCAGGAAAUGUGGAAAAUGAUGCAUUUGCUGUUCGAUAUUUUGUUGAACAAGGACAUAAUAUUGUGGUUUCACAAUCAUUCGCCAAAAAUAUGGGAUUAUAUGGUGAAAGAGUUGGUGCAUUCUCAGUUGUUACAUCAGAUCCAGAAGAAGCUGCGAGAGUUGCAUCACAAAUAAAAAUCAUAAUUCGUCCAAUUUAUUCGAAUCCGCCAGUUCAUGGUGCUAGAAUUGCUUCGAGAAUCCUUUCUGAUUCUCAAUUAUACAAUCAAUGGCUUUCUGAUGUCAAAUUAAUGGCUGAUCGAAUUAUCGCUAUGAGAUCGGAAUUGAAAAAUCUGUUGAUAAAAGAAGGAUCUGUCAAAAACUGGGAACAUAUUACAAAUCAAAUUGGAAUGUUCUGCUAUACUGGUAUCACACCUCAACAAGUUGACAAACUUAUCAACGAACAUUCAAUUUAUCUCACAAAAGAUGGACGCAUUUCAGUUGCUGGAAUCAAUUUAUCAAAUGUCGGAUAUCUCGCUCACGCUCUUCAUCAAGUUACAAAAUAG